UCCACCCGCGCCGGCCGCGCGCCCCGGCGCCCCGAUGCCCGCCCGGAGCCCCGCCGCCGCCGGGUGCAUGCCUCCCCCGCGGCGCGCCGCUGCCGCCUGCUGCCCGCUGUGACCGCCCUUCCAGGCAGCCGGGCGCCGGGCGCCGGGCGGGCUUCCCCGAGGGCGGCGCGCGGGUGGCACCUGCGGGACCGGCGGCGGCGGCGGCGGGGCGCGGAGCCGAGGCGGAGCGGGCGCUCGCCGGGAGGAUGGACGCGGCCGCGGAGCGCAGCCUCCCGGAGCCGGGCAGCCAGGGCUCCCGGGCCGGCGACGACAUCGAGAUCGUGGUCAACGUGGGGGGCGUGCGGCAGGUGCUGUACGGAGACCUCCUCAGCCAGUACCCCGAGACGCGGCUGGCCGAGCUCAUCGGCUGCCUGGCGGGGGGCUACGACAGCAUCUUCUCCCUGUGCGACGACUACGACCCCGGGAAGCGCGAGUUCUACUUCGACAGGGACCCGGACGCCUUCAAGUGUGUCAUCGAGGUGUACUAUUUCGGGGAGGUGCACAUGAAGAAGGGCAUCUGCCCCAUCUGCUUCAAGAACGAGAUGGACUUCUGGAAGGUGGACCUCAAGUUCCUGGACGACUGCUGCAAGAGCCACCUGAGCGAGAAGCGCGAGGAGCUGGAGGAGAUCGCGCGCCGCGUGCAGCUCAUCCUGGACGACCUGGGCGUCGACUCGGCCGAGGGCCGCUGGGGGCGCUGCCAGAAGUGCGUCUGGAAGUUCCUGGAGAAGCCCGAGUCGUCGUGCCCGGCGCGGGUGGUGGCCGUGCUGUCCUUCCUGCUCAUCCUCGUCUCGUCGGUGGUCAUGUGCGUGGGCACCAUCCCCGAGCUGCAGGUCCUGGACGCCGACGGCAACCGCGUGGAGCACCCGACGCUGGAGAACGUGGAGACGGCGUGCAUCGGCUGGUUCACGCUGGAGUACCUGCUGCGCCUCUUCUCGUCGCCCAACAAGCUGCACUUCGCGCUGUCCUUCAUGAACAUCGUGGACGUGCUGGCCAUCCUGCCCUUCUACGUGAGCCUCACGCUCACGCACCUGGGCGCCCGCAUGAUGGAGCUGACCAACGUGCAGCAGGCCGUGCAGGCGCUGCGUAUCAUGCGCAUCGCCCGCAUCUUCAAGCUGGCCCGCCACUCCUCCGGCCUGCAGACGCUCACCUACGCCCUCAAGCGCAGCUUCAAGGAGCUAGGGCUGCUGCUCAUGUACCUGGCCGUGGGCAUCUUUGUCUUCUCGGCCCUGGGCUACACCAUGGAGCAGAGCCACCCCGAGACCCUGUUUAAGAGCAUCCCCCAGUCCUUCUGGUGGGCCAUCAUCACCAUGACCACCGUUGGCUACGGGGACAUCUACCCCAAGACCACCCUGGGCAAGCUCAACGCGGCCAUCAGCUUCUUGUGCGGGGUCAUCGCCAUCGCCCUGCCCAUCCAUCCCAUCAUCAACAACUUCGUCAGGUACUACAACAAGCAGCGGGUCCUGGAGACAGCGGCCAAGCACGAGCUCGAGCUGAUGGAACUCAACUCCGGCGGCGCGGCUGAGGGCAAAGCGGGGUGCUCCCGCAGCGACCUGGACAGCCUCCUGCCGGAGCCCGCGGGGGAGGAGGGGCCGAGCUGGAGCAGCCGGCUGAAGAUCUCCCACAGCGACACCUUCAUUCCUCUCCUGACCGAGGAGAAGCACCACAGGACCCGGCUCCAGAGCUGCAAGUGACGAGGGUCUUCCGGGCACAGACGGACUUGGGCCAGCGGACGGAGGGGCAGGUGUGGCGGGCCUAUCAGUGACUUCCCGGGAGGGGCUGUCCUUUGUCCCCUCCACGGUCUCCUGAACAGAACUCUGGAGGCCCUCUCGGGCACCCCUGGUGAGGCUGGGCAAGACCCCUUUCUGUUGUCGCCUGUCAGGAGCCGGGGGUGGGGGUGGGGGGGUGGGGGAGAGCCGAGGUGUCUAGGAGUCACGGGCAGUGUGGGGGUGACGGAGGGCACGGUCUGGCCGACGGCAGGAGCCCUCGCCCGGUUCUGUAUCUCCUUCAAUAAAGCCUCCUGCUCUGCGCACCCACCUGUGUCAUAGGUUCUGUCACAGGCUGGAGGUCCCUCCACCCCUCAGACAUGCCUGAGGCACACUCUGGUGCCAGGCCAGGAAGUAGGUGUGCAGCCCCCGGGGGGCGGGGGUGGGGGAGGGGCUAUUUUUAGUUGAGAGCUAAUUAAAGAAGGGUUCAUAGGCAGGGUUCAGCACCCAGAAGCCUUGCCACAUUCCAGGAGGCUCUGUGCGGGCGACUCCUCCCUUCUGUUUCCUUCUGAGGAAAAGCUCACUCCCUGGAGGGGGAGAGGUCGCAGAGCUCGCAACGCCCAGUGGCGCGGUCACCAUUUAUUCACCACCUGCGGGAAGCCCUAUUCGUGACUUUUUCCAUUCCUUCCAGCAACCCUGCUGGAUAGGUAUGCCCAUUUUACAGAUGAAGAAAACUGAGGCCCAGGACCACACAGAGCAGGGAUUCAGCCCCAGGGGUGAAGAUCCCAAUGGCCAGGCAUUCUCUUUGCUGUAAGCUGGCUUUGGGGCAGAGGCAUGUGCCUGAGCCUAGAAGGGGGGGAGGGUCUGUGGACCAGAAGUGCUGAGGGUGGCUGUUCCUGUCCUCCAGCUCCUCCUGCCUUCUAGAACCAGUACCUCGGAGGCAUCAGCUGAAUGGACAAGCCUGAGCAUGCACAGGUGGCCCACUUCCAGCCUGGUCUGAGGGCCCCAGAGGAACAGAGACAGACAGACGUGGGCUUGAAGCCCAGAGAAUGAGGAGGAUCGCUCUGAGAUGCCUUCAAGCUCCGACACUUUUUUCUAGCGUCCCUCCCUCGCCACUUUCUUUGUAGCUGUGUGGUCUCAGGCCUGUUGAUGAACCUCUCUGAUCCUCAUUGCGAUCGUUCCUUAAAGGGAGAUAUCAGAAUGAACUCGGAGAACCAUGGUGCUUAGCACAGUGCCUGGCGCAUAGUAGGUACGCAGCAAAGGACAGUCAUUUCUGUCACUGUGUGCUAAGACUGAGGUGAGCCACACAGCUGUCCACUCUGGCCUCCAGGGUCUGGGCUGGGCAUGCAGGGCGGCAAGGGGUGGGGCCAGGGCACGGCCACACUGUUUACAUAGUCAAAGGCAGUCCCCUUGGCACGGAGUUGGCCCCGGCAGGCCCCUCUCUCUGGCUGUCUCUCUUCCAGGAACCCCAGGGCUCUGUUCUCCCUUCCCCGGCUGAGGCAGCUGAUGCCCAGGGAGGAGCCAUGGUGGGGGAGGAGGGUAGGUGGUCCCCCCCCCACCCCCACCCGGUCUUUCCCCUUCUCCGGGCCCUGGUUUUCCCACAUACAUACGGAGGGAUGAUUUCUCGGGGCUCCUUCCAGGAUUUUGAAGCCUAGGGUGUGAACGUGUUGUGUUGGGGAUUCCAGGGGGGGGGAGGCUGCCACGUGGGUAGGGGGACUUGGAGAGGAGGCCUUGAGAAAGAGGGGCGCAAGGCCCUGAGUCAGUGUUGUGUGCACCUCCCCCAAGUUUCACCAGGGAAAUACUGGGUCAGGUGACCCAAGGAGGGCAGAGGACCGGUGGGGCUGGGGUUGGGGGACUCAGCGGGAAGGGGAGAAGUGGGGAGAAGGGGGCUUGUUGCGUGGGGUCCUGGUCUGUGUGGACCUAGCCUGGGGGGGGGCUCUGAUGCCUGAGUGGGGGAACAAGUUUCCCGAUGGGGGGAGGCCAGGAGGACCCCGGAUCGGGAGGGUCUUUCCCGUUGAUUCACCUGGGGGUCAGGGGAGGGUAUCUUUACGGCUACAAAAGGAUCCCGGAGCCCAGCUCAUCUACUAGGGGGAGGACACCGUGUCUGGAGACGGUGAUUUGUCUGAGACCCUUCAUGAAUUAGGCUUAGGUGGUAUUCUGGUGUCAGAGGAGCUCAGAGAGCGACAGGCUUGUUGUGGAGGAGUGGCCAGGGAGCUGUGGGGACCCCCACCCCCCACCGCCCCACCACAGGGAAACUUUCCAGGGCACAGUAGAACCACCUGGGUCCAGGCUGCGCCCACACCCAUUACAUUAGAAUCCUCGGGGGACAGCCUGGCAUCAGAAUCUUUUAAAAACUUGAACGUGCACACGAGUCAGCUGGAGAGCCUGCCAGAAUGCAGGCUUUGAAUCCAUAGAUCUGCCUGGGCCCCUGAAAUUCGCCUUCUCCUCAAACUCCCAGAGACGGCCGCCACCUUCCAGGAACCCCGGGGCUGAUCCUUCAGCCACACUUUCAGUUGUCAAGAGGCCAGAACAGCGGCUGGCAAACUAUGGCCCGCCCCCCGCACAUGUACAGUCCCUGGGGUAAGGACGUUUCCCACAUUAGUAAAUGCUUAAAAAAUAGUCAAAGAAAGAAUAACAUUUUGUGACCCAUGAAAAGUGUCUGAAAUUCAAAUAAAGUCUUCGUGGGACA